GAGUCUGAUGCAUGUUUGUUGUUAUAUUGUCAUUAAAAAUGUUUGUUGUUGUUUGUGUUAUUAAUUGUGUUGUUGUUUAUCUUAUUAAAUGUGUUGUUGUUUAUGUUAUUAUAUUAUCAUCAUAAUAAUUUCACCCCCCUUCCCAUUUCCCCCUUUUCCGUUUCCCGCGGAAGCCCCUCCCUGUUAGCCGUUAGCCGCUUAGCUCCAUAGCCGGACGACAGGAGGAGACACCGGGAAAACAGAGGAGGAAAACACGGAGAAGAGAAGGACAUGAGCCCGGCGGAGGACAGCAGAGGACCGCGGUGACCGGACAGCGAGUCUGCCGCCGAAAACAGCCGCUUCACGACAACCAUGCAGUCAUUCCUCGCUCACCCCUUCCAUUAGAGUGUGUGUGUGUGUGUGUGUGUGUGUGUGUGUGUGUGUGUGUGUGUUUGGGACUGCGUGUGCGUGAGAGAUCCAGGAUGGGGUUUGGUCGAGAUCUGAGGAAUUCCCAUGAGGGAUUACUGAAGCUGCAGGACUGGGAGUUAAAGCUGCUGGAGACAGUGAAGCGCUUCAUGACACUGCGAGUGAAGAGCGAUAAAGAAUACGCCGCUCUGCUGCUCAGCAUGACUCAGCAAACUGAGAAACAGGAGGCCGCUGAUUACGUCAGCACAGUGAGCAAGUCGUGGUCUCAGGUGAUUCGUCAGACGGAGGCAUUGGGUCGAGUCAUGAGGAGUCACGCUGAUGAUCUGAACUCUGGUCCUCUGCACCGCCUGGCCACACUGAUCCGGGACAAGCAGCAGGUGAAGAAGAGCUACCAGAGUCUUCAUCAGCAGCUGGAGAGUCACAACCACAAGGUAACCAGGAGCGACCUUGACAAACUGAAAGCCACGUAUCGUCAGCUGAGCCGCGACGCCAACAAUGCCAAAGAGAAAUACAGAGAGGCUCUGGCUAAAGGCCGGGAGGCAGAGCGCGCUCGCGAGCGUUAUGACAAAGCGACGGCAAAGCUCCACAAUCUUCACAACCAGUAUGUGUUGGCAGUGUGCGGCGCUCGAACGCAACAGGAUGAACACCGCCGCCGAGCUGCACCCGCACUGCUCGACGCUCUGCAGAGGAUGCAAGAAGACAUGACACUCGCCCUUAAAAGUAUUCUGGAGGAGUACUGUGAGAUCAGCAGUCUGCUGACGGAGGAGAUCGUGAAGGUCCAUCAGGAGAUCUCAGCAGCUGUGCAGCAGAUCGACCCGCUGGCUGAGUACCAACACUUUAUCGACGCCUACAGGUCUCCGGAGACUCCUGAGGCAAGCGUGGAAUUUGAUGCAUGCCUAUUGGAGGAGACGGACAACCUUCCGGCCAAUGAGAUCCUCUGGAACACUCUGACGGCCGACAACCUGCAGGCCAUGUUGUCAUCGGCAACGGAGGAGCUAGUGCUGACUCAGCAGAAUCUGAGGACAAAGGAGGCGUUGGCCGACGACCUCGAUACCAAAAUCCAGACAAGUCAGCAGAGCGCCGAGAGGAAGAGCGACUGUGUCCUGCUGCUCAGUCAGAAACUUUCUCUCCUCGAGCUUCAUCAUGCCGUCCAAUCACUGCGCAGCUCAGAGGCCCGCCUCGCCUCUCAGAAAUCCUUGUUGGAUGCCAAGAUGGCCGAUGCCGCUUCCCCGCCCCCACCGCCGCCUCCCCCCGCGCUUCCAUAUGAGGACGACGCUCGCUCCGUCGGAUCCACUGACAAAACGAAGGAGAGGAGCUCUCGGUUCGACACUCUGCGUCACUCUCUGGCUGGAAUGAUUCGAUCUCCUAAGGCCAUGCUGGGCUCCUCUACCUCGUUCUUUGAUGUCAUCCCCACGUCAGAGCGCCCCCUGGCGGAGCAGGAGUGGUAUCACGGUGCCAUCCCUCGCACAGAGGCUCAGGAGUUACUCCGGCAACAGGGAGACUUCCUGGUGAGGGAGAGUCACGGCAAACCGGGCGAGUACGUUCUGUCUGUGUUUUCUGACGAGCAGAGAAGACACUUCAUCAUCCAGUACGCCGAUAGUCAGUACCGUUUUGAAGGGACUGGGUUCUCCACCAUCCCUCAGCUCAUCGAGCAUCAUUUCUCCACCAAACAGGUCAUCACCAAGAAGUCUGGAGUCGUGCUGCUCAACCCCGUUGUCAAGGAUAAGAAGUGGAUCCUGAACCACGAGGACGUGGUGCUCGGCGAGCUGCUGGGAAAGGGUAACUUUGGUGAGGUGUUUAAAGGGACGCUGCAGCGUGACAGAACACCAGUUGCCGUCAAAACGUGUAAAGAAGAUUUACCUCCAGAGCUGAAGAUCCGCUUCCUGUCCGAGGCCAGGAUCCUGAAGCAGUACGACCAUCCGAACAUUGUGAAGCUGAUUGGUGUUUGUACGCAGCGACAGCCAAUCUACAUCGUCAUGGAGCUGGUUCCUGGUGGAGACUUCCUGUCCUUUCUACGAAAGAAGAAAGACGAGUUAAAGACUAAGCAGCUUGUUCGCUUCUCUGUCGAUGCUUCUGCUGGCAUGGCAUACCUGGAGAGUAAGAACUGUAUCCACAGGGACCUGGCAGCGAGGAACUGUCUGGUUGGAGAGGGCAGUGUGUUGAAGAUCAGUGAUUUUGGGAUGAGUCGCCAGGAGGACGAUGGGAUUUAUUCUUCAUCUGGACUCAAACAGAUUCCAAUCAAAUGGACGGCGCCAGAGGCUCUUAACUAUGGGCGUUACAGCUCAGAGAGUGAUGUGUGGAGUUAUGGAAUUCUGCUGUGGGAGACCUUCAGUCUGGGGGUGUGUCCUUAUCCUGGGAUGACCAAUCAGCAGGCCCGAGAACAGGUGGAGAAAGGUUACAGGAUGGCGUGUCCUCAGCGUUGCCCUGACGAUGUGUACAAAGUGAUGCAGCGGUGUUGGCAGUACAACCCCGAAGACCGACCCAAGUUCUCUGAGCUUCAGCGAGACCUCGCUGCCAUCAAGAAGAAGUGAUGAUGUCAUCAUACACCUCACCACCAUCAGGAAGAAGUGAUGAUGUCAUCAUACACCUCACCACCAUCAGGAAGAAGUGAUGAUGUCAUCACACACCUCACCGCCAUCAGGAAGAAGUGAUGAUGUCAUCAUUCACCUGGCCAUUUCAUGAGACACAAGAAGAACAUUCAGUUGCGUCCUCAGUAUCAAUCACCAGCAAAGAGUUACUUUUUUUACAGAUGGGCGUGAUCUUUGUGUGGGCGUGGUCUCCAUGUGGGCGUGUCUCUUCAAUAACAAAACUUAUAAAAACACUUAAUCUGUGGUUACACUACAGACGGAGAGCGUGGAGCUGAUGCUGUCACAGCAUCACACUGAGCGUGUCCGUUAAUAAACAAACACUACAAUAUUUAUAUUCAUCAAGUCAUCACUGACAGUCAACUGAACAAACUGUAGCAAACAGCUUAGCGUGAUUGUAGGGACGGUUCCUUCGUACUAACAGUCCGAUACAAACCAACUACAGUCAGUUAAUGAACAAACAAACAUCCAGCUUUGAGCCUUGUGUGUGUGUGUGUGUGCGUGCGUGCGUGCGUGUGUGCGCCUCUGCAUCUGCCUGUGUGCACACAUGCUGCUCAGCCAACUGAACACAAUCAGACCUGAUGCCACAACCACCUGUCACUGUUGUAACUGUGGCAACAGCUUGAACCCUAAACGUUCCACUGCUGAGGACCAAUCAGCUUUCAACAUUAACAUCAAGUCUUUAUUAUUUUUAUUUAUUUUAAUAUUUUAAUGUUUCAUGAAACUUUUAAUGGAUUGAUGUGAAGCUGAAGGAGAACUGACCUUUAGUCUGAAAAUCCAGCUGUCAGUCAUCACUCAGACCACGCCCACUCUGACAGUCACAAACAAAAAUAAUCAGAUUUUUUUUUUAAAGGAAGUAGUGAAAGUUUAUAAAAAAUAAAAAGGUUGUUUUUUUUAAGACUUUAAAACCAAAGUAAGAACUUCAUCCAAUCAAACAUCAAGUAAAUGACAUCAUCAGCACUUACUCCACAGUUUCCAGGUUGUUGUGGUAACUGAACUGACAUCAGACCACAUAAAAAUGUCAAAAAGAGAAAAUUUUAAUAUAAAUAUGUUUAAGAAACAUGUAUCUGUGUAAAGUAAUUGUUAAUCCUGAUUGGUCAUUAUCACUUCCUGAAUUGGUUGGGGGAGGAACUCAAAUGUUAUGAUGUCAGCGCGAUGCCUACUGUUCCUGUAAAUAAAUCCAAGAUGUUUUUAAAGUCUGUUUUUGUUUUGAAACACUAAUCAUCUGUUUGUCUUUUACAUUUGUUUAAACUUUUUACAAAUAUUAUCGUCGCAUUUAUGAUGAAAAUAAAACCAACAACACCAACAUUCA